AAAAAACCCUAGUUUCUCUCUCCUUUCACCGAUUUUUUUUUUUUUUCUCUCCUUCCGAUGCUUGUGCUCGCAUAGCCAAUUCGCAGAUCUGGUAAUUCCGAUGGAUAAAACUACUGCUUCCUCCUCAAGGGAGCGAGCCAAGUCCUUAUUUGAUAAGACUGUUGUGUUAGAAAACAAGCGUUGGAAGGCUGUUCAGGAUCGAAAUCCGUUUGACCCUGAUUUGUGGCAGCAAAUUCGUGAGAAUUACGAAGCAAUACUUUUUGAAGAUCAUGCCUUUUCCGAGCAGCACAACAUUGAAAUUAUACUGUGGCAGCUGCAUUACAAACGGAUUGAAAAUAUUAGAGGACACAUCAAUGCUUUCUUGAAUUCUAGUAGCUCGAGCGCGGCACACAAUGUCAAGGGUCCUUCUAGACUCGAUCAAAUUGCAAAACUGAAGCUGCAGUUCAGGACAUUACUUUCAGAAGCAACUGGGUUUUACCAUGAUUUGAUCUCAAAAAUUAGAUCCAAGUAUGGCCUUCCCUUGGGUUAUUUUUCUGAGGAUCAAGCGAGUCAAAACAUGGCUGAUAAAGAUGGAAAGAAGUUAGCAGAAGUUAAAAAAGGCUUGGUAUCUUGUCAUCGUUGCUUAAUAUACCUUGGUGAUCUGGCUCGGUAUAAAGGAUUGUAUGGGGAGGGGGAUUCCAAGAACAGAGAGUAUGCUGCUGCUUCAAGUUACUAUUUGCAAGCAGCUUCUCUAUGGCCAGGCAGUGGAAACCCACAUCAUCAGCUUGCUAUCAUUGCUUCUUAUUCGUCGGAUGAGUUUGCAUUAACAUAUCGUUACUUCCGGAGUUUGGCUGUGGAGAGUCCUUUCCCAACUGCCCGUGAUAACUUGAUUGUUGCUUUUGAAAAGAAUCGUCAGACUUAUAUCCGAUUGUUUGUGGCUUCUAAAGACACAUCUAAGAGGCCGACUGGUAAAGGAAGAGGUAAAGGAAGAGGUAAAGGUGAAGAUACUUCAUCUAAAGAUGCUAACUUGGUAGCUGGUCCUGAGAAGGAUCAAGUAACAAGUGCAAAGGAGAUGCUCAAAGCAUUUUGCAUUAGAUUUGUUCGUCUCAACGGGAUUCUUUUUACCCGAACAAGCCUGGAGACGUUCUUAGAUGUGCUUACCUCUACUAGCAGCAGUUUACGAGAGGUAAUUUCUUCGGGCUCAAUGGAAGAGCUGAGUUUGGGAAUAGACGCCAGUGACAGCGCACUUUUCAUUGUCAGACUCGUGGCAAUCAUGAUAUUUAGCGUCCAUAACUCAAAGAAAGAGACGGAAGGUCAGUCGUAUGCAGAUAUUGUACAGCGUGUGGAGCCUGCCAGAAACUCUUUAACAGCUAGUUUUGAGUUGCUUGGACAUAUAGUAGAGCAGUGUGUGCAACUGCGUGAUCCUUCAGCAAGUUACUUCCUUCCAGGGGUCUUAGUUUUUGUUGAAUGGUUGGCCUGCUGUCCUGACAUUGCUCUAGGAAGUGAUCCGGACGACAGACAAACUACUGUAAGAAAUAGAUUUUGGAACCAGUGUGUUACCUUCUUCAAUCAGAUCUUAUCUCUUGGACCUCUGUUUAUUGAUGAUGUUGAAGACGAGACUUGCUUUUCAAACAUGAGCUUGUAUGAUGAAAGAGAAACUGAAAAUCGACUUGCACUAUGGGAGGACUAUGAACUAAGAGGAUUUUUGCCACUGCUUCCAGCUCAGACUAUUCUCGACUUCUCACGGAAACAUUCCUUUGGAACUGAAGGUCCCAAGGAAAAGAAAGCUCGUAUAAAGAGGAUCCUAGCAGCAGGAAAAGCUUUGACCAGUGUGAUCAAAGUUGAUCAAAAUCAUGUGUAUUAUGAUUCUAAGAAGAAGAAGUUUCUUGUUGGUGUAAAACCGUCAGAUGACUUGCUGGAUUCUCAUUCAAGCCCACCUAAAGCUGAUGCUUUGCAAGAUAACCAAGUAAUGGUGAAGCAUAACUCACCAGUGAUGCAGCAAGAUCAACAGAUUUGUAUGGGUGAGGAGGAUGAUGAUGAAGUAAUUGUUUUCAAGCCUCUAGUUACUGAAAAGAGGAAAGAGGCUUCUGACCAAAUGUAUGUUUCUAAUGGAGGCUUUAGGAAACCUGAUCAAGUUGCCACUACGGAGAACUUAAAACCUUUGAGUGGUUUGGAUUCAGCUUUUCAUGAAAAUCAAUUUCUGCAAGCUAGAGGUAAUGCGAGUAUUCAAGUGCCGGCAUCUAUUGGUUCCAACCUUUUGGGACUCCUUCAGGCGUCAACCCAGUCUCAGGCUUCGCAUUUGCAACAAGUUCAGACACAGGCAGUGAAUCCUCAGGCAGCCCAAUCAUUAGCUGCUGCACGACUUCAGCCAAUGCAAUCACAGGUCGCACAACUUCAACCACUGCCAUCACGGGUUGUGCACUUUCAACAAACUCAAGCUCCGCUUUCACAUAUUCAGGACUCAGCUUAUGUUGGUGAAAGAGAUGUGUGGUUACAAGAAAGAAUGUAUGGUUCUGUGGAAAUGAUAGGAGUAAAGUGCCUUUCUCGUGCUACUUGA